GAUAAAUAGCAAAUUGAUCCGAGCGACAAGCAAUUGGACAAAUAUUGUGCCUAUCUACGGCAAUCGCAUAGUUCGGUUUGGACUGCAUCAAUAAUCAUCAAGUAAUAAGCAAAUCGAACGCGCAAUUCUAAAAACGAUACGCGAUCGUGUGUUUUGUCGGUGUCAAAAUCCAUAUCUAAGUCAAAUCCCCAGAGUAUGGCCAACAAUUAUGAAGAAGAAACGCCUUGGAACAUGAACUCCUCAAGCGGUGACGAUGAGGCACCAAAAGAUCCCCGAACCGGUGGUGAGGACUUCACUCAGCAAUUUACAGAAAACGAUUUUGAGGGACACCGUGCACAUACCGUUUAUGUGGGCGUACACGUGCCAGGAGGACGACGCCAUUCUCAGCGACGCCGCAAGCAUCACCACAGUGGACCCGGGGGAGGCGUUGUUGCAGCAGCAGCGGGUGCGGCAGCUGCUGGUGGCACUGCCACUAGCAGAAGCAGCAUCAGUGACAAGCAACAGGAAGUGGAGCGUCCAGCGACGCCGCCCGCACAACGUGUACAGUUUAUAUUGGGCGAGGAUGUGGACGAUGGCUCGCAUGUUUCGCAUCCUCUCUUCUCCGAGAUGGGCAUGCUGGUGAAGGAAGGCGAUGAAAUUGAAUGGAAGGAAACAGCUCGCUGGAUUAAGUUCGAGGAGGAUGUCGAAGAGGGUGGCAACCGCUGGUCCAAGCCGCAUGUGGCAACACUCUCGCUGCACUCGCUCUUCGAGCUGCGUGGCCUCCUCCUCAAUGGCAGCGUCAUGCUGGACAUGGAGGCCAGCAAUCUGGAGCUUGUCGCCGACUUGGUUUGCGAUCAAAUGGUCAACAGUGGCACCCUGCCCGCCGACGUCAAGGAUAAGGUGAAGGAUGCACUGUUGCGUCGUCAUCGGCAUCAGCACGAGUAUGCGAAGAAGUCGCGUCUACCAAUCAUUCGCUCCCUGGCAGACAUGCGCAAUCAGUCGUCAUCAAAAACUGACAUGGGCGCUAUUGGCGUUACCACCUGGUUCCAUGCGGGUGCCUCGCCCUCGCAUGCCCCGUCGUCCAGCGCACAAGGACAAGCGACACAGCAACAGCCAACGACGACCCAAUUGCCAAUUGAAGAGCAGUCUGGCAACACUUUAAUGGCAACCACGCCGCUAUCGGUAACCGCCAGCGAGCCCGGACCCCCCGGCAAUACCAAUGGCAGUAGCAAUGCCCUAGGAAUGGGAAUGGGAAUGGGAAUGGGACGUUUUCUAACUGUGCCCGGCAAACCCAGCAGCAAGGCGCUUGAGGAUAUGGUGAAGAGUCCCAGCAGCCAAUCGAUGGCCAGGCAGACCAGCGGCACAGAGCUCGCCGAACAGCAACACAAGGGUAACACGAAUUUCAUGCGCAAAAUACCACCAGGAGCGGAAGCAAGCAACAUUCUAGUGGGCGAGGUGGACUUCCUGGAGCGCACCCUCUCGUGCUUCAUACGUCUAAGCCAGGCGGCUGUCAUGGGCGAUCUGACCGAGGUGCCAGUACCAACCAGAUUUAUUUUCAUACUGCUGGGUCCACCGGGCAGCCAGAGUAACUUCCAUGAGAUUGGACGUGCCAUGGCCACACUGAUGUCGGAUGAAAUCUUCCAUGAGGUAGCAUAUAGGGCACGCAAGCGAGACCAUUUGCUCGCUGGCGUGGAUGAGUUUUUGGAUGCGGUUACAGUAUUACCACCAGGCGAAUGGGAUCCAACAAUACGCAUUGAGCCGCCAGCGGCAAUACCAUCGCAAGAGGUGCGCAAGCGGCCACCAGAGCUGCUCAAGGAGGAGAUCGACGAGGAGGAGGAGGAGCAGCGCUUGCGUGAAGAGUCUGGUCUCUCGCGAUCGGGUCGCCUCUUUGGCGGCCUUAUCAAUGACAUUAAGCGUAAGGCGCCCUGGUAUUGGAGCGAUUAUCGCGAAGCCCUCUCCAUGCAGUGUGUGGCCUCGUGGAUCUUUUUGUAUUUCGCCUGCCUGUCGCCCAUCAUUACGUUCGGUGGCCUACUCUCCGAGGCGACGGGCAAGAACAUGGCGGCCAUGGAAUCCCUCGUCUCUGGAUUUGUUUGUGGCAUGGGUUAUGGUUUCUUUUCCGGACAGCCGUUAACAAUAUUAGGUUCCACUGGUCCAGUGCUGGUCUUCGAGUCCAUUGUCUAUGAGUUCUCGAUGGCUCAAGGCUGGGACUAUAUGACAUUCCGUUUUUGGAUCGGCAUGUGGGUCGCAGUCAUUUGUGUCACCUUGGUUGCAAUCGAUGCCAGCGCCCUUGUCUGUUACAUAACACGCUUCACCGAGGAGAAUUUUGCCACACUUAUCGCAGUGAUCUUCGUGUACAAGGCCAUCGAGAAUGUGGUCGUUAUUGGCAAGACGUUCCCCGUCAACCAAGGCAUCUACGAUUGCAUCUGCACACCACCGUUGCAGAGCAAUGCCAGCGUCUUGGAGUUUGCCAAGUACAAAUGGGACUCUUGUGAGUUCUACAAUGGUACUUUGACGGGUCUAGAUUGUGGCAAGCCACCCACCGAGAACGUAUUCCUUAUGUCCGUGGUUUUAUGCAGCGGCACUUUCAUCUUUUCCACCGUACUCAAGGAGUUCAAGAAUGCCUUGUUCUUCCCAUCCAUUGUGCGCCAGUAUAUCAGUGACUUUUCCGUACUGAUUGCCAUCUUUUCGAUGACCUUCUUUGACUACUCGCUGGGUGUGCCCACACAGAAACUUGAGGUGCCCCAUGAGUUGAAGCCCACGUUGAGCACACGUGGUUGGCUUAUACCGCCAUUUAGCGAGAGGAAUCCUUGGUGGUCACAACUCAUAGCUGUAUUUCCAGCAAUGCUGGGCACCAUUCUCAUCUUUAUGGAUCAGCAAAUUACGGCUGUGAUUGUCAAUCGCAAGGAGAACAAGUUGAGGAAGGGCUGUGGCUAUCACUUGGAUCUGUUUAUUCUCUCCGGCCUAAUUGUCAUUUGCAGUGUGAUGGGUUUGCCCUGGUUCGUAGCUGCUACGGUGCUGAGCAUUAAUCAUGUCAACUCGCUGAAACUAGAAUCGGAGUGCAGUGCCCCUGGCGAGAAACCGCAGUUCUUGGGUGUGCGCGAGCAGCGUGUGACUCACAUCCUGAUCUUCCUGACCAUUGGCGUCUCAGUGCUGUUGACACCGCUGCUCGGUUACAUACCGAUGCCGGUACUCUUUGGGGUCUUCUUAUAUAUGGGCGUGGCCUCGCUCAAGGGUCUGCAAUUCUUCGAUCGCAUCCUUAUAAUGUUUAUGCCAGCCAAAUAUCAACCGGACUACAUGUUCCUGAGACAGGUGCCCAUUAAACGUGUGCACUUGUUUACCCUCAUUCAGUUGGCAUGUCUGAUUAUUCUCUGGCUAAUUAAGAGCUUCUCGCAGACAUCCAUUUUGUUCCCGCUGAUGUUGGUGGUUAUGAUUGGCAUACGGAAAUCCCUCGACUUUGUGUUUACGCGACGUGAGCUGAAAAUCCUUGAUGAUAUCAUGCCGGAGAUGACGAAACGUGCGGCGGCGGAUGAUCUGCAUCAAUUGGACGCUGAGGACAACCAUCAUCAGAAUCAGCAACCGCCACCCGGUACGGGUGCCACCUACAAUACCAAUCCUGCAGGUCCCGGUUCGGGUGCUACAACUAUACACAUUCCGUUAUCGGGCAACAAAAUGGGCAGCAAUGCUGCGGCAGCUAUGCCACCGGAAGUGAAUAGAACAACUGUCUGGCAACAGAUCAACAAGGAUGGCACCUCCGAGCAACUGAUCAUACCCGUCACCGUUAAAGUGCGUCAAAUCAAUGGCAAUCAUUCCUCGACAAAUGCUGCCCUCUCGCCACGCCUAUCGCCCAUGCACGAGGCCGAUGAGCAUAAUGAGACCCCUAACAAAACGAUGACAACAUCUACAACAACGCUGUCGGCGAUGCAACAGCAGAAUACGAGCAGCUGCAAGGAGGCGGCUGCCAAGCUCGAAGGUGUCGUGGUCAACACUCAGACCCCAGCCAAUAUAACACCCGUCUAAGUGUUAUACUAUUACUACCCAACUACCUAAACUAGCACACCAUAUGGUGUUAGAGAGAGUCCACAGAAGGCGUAGAAAAAAUGCACAAUUUUCAUAAAUAGAUAAUUCCAGAACGGGACUUCAAGAAUAGCAUACAAUUAGCGAAACUAUGAAUGUGGAAUUCUACAUACCAGUAUCAUAACUAAAUAUAUAUA